GGGAAUUUGCAAAUCCAAACCCAAUUCCAAUUCAGGGAUUCCUAAUCGUAUCACAAUUCGACGCCGCCGCCAUGAACAACGAUGACCGGGUGCUGUCAGCCCCACUGAAGAAGACUGAUCCGGUGGAGCUAUACCAGCCGUUACGUAAGUUGGUAGCCUCCAAAUACUCGGAGGGCGAUGCACAAAAAGUUGAAAGCGUUCUCCAAACCCUAAACAAAUGCCGCCGGGACAUGGUGGAGCCUAGAGCGGACCUUUCCCUUCCCAUGCAACGUGACUGCCUCCUCCACUACUUCAAAUGCCUUUCCAUGGUUGCGAAACUCUUCACCUCUCUCUCCUCCGACGCCGACCCCAUUCUCUUUGUCUGGUACGACGCCUUCAACCCUGACCAUCAGGAUGGGGUCUCCUCGCAGCGCAGCGCCAUCCAAUUGGAGAAGGCCGCUGUUGUCUUCAACCUCGGAGCCAUCUACAGCCAGAUUGCUGCCUCUUGCGACCGUACCACCGCCCUUGGCCGUCACCUUGCAAUGGAAGCCUUCAAAGUUGCCGCCAAUUUCUUCCUCCAACUCUGGCAGGUUUUUGCCAAGGACGUGGUCGCCACCCUCGAUUUGACUCUCGUCUUCGCGGAGUUUCUGCACCUCCUCUUCUCCGCUCAGGCUUCCGAGUUCGAAUUACGGGAAGAACUGAACAACAACGACGCCAGUUACGCUCUCCAACAACACCGAUGUGCCCUAUUGUUUAGAUCGGUUUAUGAUCUUUAUCAUAGAGCAUAUGAACUGAUACCUACUGAUUCGGCUGCACGGAAACAUGUCGACUCUUUUGACCAAACCUGGGUAACUCAUCUUUACCAGAAGGCCACAUUCUUUGAGGCGGAGGCUCGUCAGAGGCAAUCAUCCAUCCUACCCAAAUCCGAGCGACCUCCUGAAUUCAAAUCGGUCACAUCUUGUGCUCUUGAUCAUGAUGCAGAAUGUGUCCCUGAGAUAUUAGUUAGAAGGAUUUGCUGCGGGUCCUCGUCUGUACGCAAGCUGCUACACGAAGAACGAAAACAAACGUACAUUGACCUCAACCUCUCGGAGUACAAUCCUUUCAAGAUGAUGAAGUAUGGAAAGCUGGUGGCUUACCCAUGGGACAUGCCUCCUCCUUAUCCAACAGAUUCGGCAAUCCUCUCAUCUUCCUUGUCUUCUUUGUCAUCAGAUAUUCUUGCAUUCAUUCCUUUGAAGAAGAGUGAGCCCUUGAAUCUCUAUGAGUCCCUGCGCAGUUACUUUGUCCUCAAAUACUCUGAGAGUGUGGCAGAGAGAGUAGAUGGCCUUCUGGAAAUGCUACACAAAUUGCGCAAUGAGAUGCUGCGUGAUGACCUUUCGCCACCCCUUCGCCGUGACUGCCUCAUGCGUUAUUACAAAUGCCUUUGCAUGAUUGAGCCUGUCUUCCCUAUGAAUGCAUCACCCAACCCACCUAUCUUUGUUUGGUACAAUGCCAUCAACCCUCAACAGCACUCUUCUCAGCAUAACAUCCAUUUGGAGAAGGCCUCUGUUCUCUUCAACCUGGCAGCCAUCUGCACCCACAUUGCUCUCUCCUGCGAUCUCACCACCGUCCAAGGCCGUCGCCUUGCCAUGGACGCCAAAAAGGAAGCUUCGCAUUGGUUCUAUCUAAUGUCCACGUUUGAGUCUCGCAAGGCAUCUGGCACGAUUGACGUGUCACGACACUACUUCCAUGUCCUAGAUUUUCAUUUUCACCACUUGGAAUUGAUGUUUCGUGUUCCCCAACCUGAUGAACCAUCAUUAUCUGGAUAUCCUGUUUCAGCUUAUUAUCCGUCGACAUCUGGGCCUCCUUUAGCUUAUGAUCCAUCGAGUGAUGUCACUCAACAAUUUGUUUUAGGGUAUUCUAAUGCUCACUCCCGGCUUCAAGGGGUAUGUCGAGCAGCACCAUGCUUGGACCUUCUCUCUGAGGUUAGCCCCGUCAAGAUUAAGGAUGGAAAUCUUGUGGCCAAUGCCGCAACCUUAGAGGGCACCAAAUUUGGCAUUGGAGAACAUGAGCUUGCAGGAGACACAACAACUGUAGCAUUACCGUAGAGAAAAGCUUUAGUUGGCACAGUGUUUUUUCUUUACAAAUUUCUCUCAAACCCCUAUGUGCAUAAGAAUUGAUAAACUGAGAAUUACACAAUUAAAACUUCAAUCAAUUUCUGAGUUCUUCAUUA